GCCAAUUGUCCCCCAAUUGUAGUUCACGAAUUGUUGUACUGUCACGCGAAGGAAUAGGACGGGCGAGCGCGUAACACAGCUGUCGCCGAACCAUAUCAACAACUCAUCAACCCACCGCAACUGAUCAUAUCCUCCUCCGAGUCCAGCCGGCCUGUCGCGCGACAUCUAGAAACCACCUGCGCAUAUCAUUAUCUCGGAUUAUCUCUCGUGGCCCGCGAUACCAAGCUGCCCAUAUAUCUCCAAGGAUCCGCGCAUCGCCAAUCGCGAGUCGACGACCUGAGCCUCGACGUUCCUCGUUAACGUCGCACCACGGCACCACGCGCGCCUUGCGGUCGCUACAAGACUUCAGAGCCUCCCAGCUCCUCUCCGCCUCCGCCUUUUUAUUCGAUCCAUUUUCCCAUCCUUCGCCGCUUGGUCACUUGGCCAAAUCCGUCACUCAGCUAGCUUGCCCACAGAUUACAACGCAAGAGGGCGGUUCACCACAGCACAUCAGCCGCCAUGGCGCCACGUCGGAGCGCUCCCGAGGAGGAGGAGGAGCUCGAGCAGGAGCAGGAGCAGGAACAGGGACUGGUCGCACUCGAGUUCAACGAGCCCUUAACAUGGCGCCCCGGCAAGCCCAUCUCCAUCGAUACACUGCUUAAGAGACUCGACGCCCUCUCCAAGGAGCUGUCGGAGAUGGAUCAGGAGACGGUGGACACCGAUUCACUGGUCAAGGUCGCUAAGGACGUCGCCUCUCAUCAGCUCAUCCAACACAAGGACAAGGGCGUACGAGCAUACACAGCAUGCUGCAUUGUCGAUAUUCUAAGGCUAUGCGCCCCCGAUGCGCCCUUUACUCCAUCACAACUCAAGGAUAUCUUUAACCUCAGCAUCAACUCCAUCAUUCCCGCCCUCUUCGAUCCAUCGAAUCCUUACAACAACCAGCACAAGUAUGUGCUACGAUCCUUUGCCGAGAUUAAGAGUAUCGUGCUGCUGCUCGAUGUUGAAGGCAGCGAGGCCUUGUUACUCAAGCUUUUUACCACAAUUUUCGACGGUGUCUCGGGUCUCAAAUCUUCCAAGGGAGAGCAGGUUGGAAAGGACGUCGAGUUUAGUAUGCAAGAGAUGCUGGGAGUACUCAUUGACGACUCCGUGACCCUUCCAGGGAAGGUUGUGGAUGUCAUCAUGGCCCAGUUCCUGAGAGCUGCUGCUCCGGGACUAGGCAAGGAACGGCAGGAUCAUGUGCCAAUCGAUGACAGCCAGGCAACGCUGCUCCUGAAGGAAGAGCCCGAGGCUUACCAGAUGGUCAGGACUCUAUGCCAGAACUAUGACGACAAGAUGGCUCGUUUCGCCAGUCAGUAUUUUAGUGAUGUGAUUGUCGAUGCGACAGGUUUUGCUGGGAAGCCGAACGGCAACAGAGACGAAGAUGACGAAAACGAUGAGGAUGAUGGCCCAACAGGGCCGUCCGAGUCCGACUUGAAGGAACUGAGGAAAGCGCAUGUGCUUAUUCGGGAGAUCUGGAAGGCCGCCCCCAUGAUCCUUCAAAACGUUGUCCCUCAGGUUGAUGCAGAGCUCUCAGCAGACAAUGUGCACUUGCGACAGAUGGCAACGGAGACGCUCGGAGACAUGAUUUCAGGCAUUGGCGCGGCAGGUCCGCCUCCACUGCCCGUCCUUGAUCCAGCUGCAUACCCGCCAUUGAGUCUGGAAGAGGAAGAUAGAGCGGAACCCCAAGUGACCAACAUCCUCACCACGCCGCUUUGCUCUAUUUCCUUCUCACAGACACAUAGCACGACGUUCCACAACUUUUUGAGUAGGAAGAACGAUAAAGCUCCGUCAAUUCGCGCUGCAUGGACCACGGCGGUAGGCCACAUUCUCUCCACUUCUGCUGGAGGAAUCGGACUCAGUCGCGAGGACGAGGCUACUUUGAUCCGAGGGUUGGGAGAGAAGCUCUCGGACAGCGAUGAAAAGGUCAGACUUGCAGCUGUUAAAGCUGUCGAGACCUUCAAGUUCCGGGACAUCAUUGCCAAACUAGGACCUAAUGGAGGAGUAGGCAAAGAUGGAUCGGUUCUCAACACGUUGGCUGAUCGCUGUCGCGACAGGAAACCCGCUGUUAGAGUUGCCGCCAUGUCACUGUUGGCUAAACUCUGGGCUGUCGGGACUGGGGAGAUGAUUGCUGGAAAUGAAGCGGUAACAGCAGCGUUGUCUGGCAUCCCGUCACGCAUAUACAACGCCUUUUACGCCAAUGAUCUGGAACUGAAUGUCCUGAUGGAUCGCGUCAUCUAUGAGUUCCUGGUGCCUCUUGGGUAUCCGCCAGCCAAAAAGGCGACUAAGAAUUCCAACCCUAACGGCAACUCUCAGUCGCAAUCAGCCAAUGCGGCAUCCAUCGAUCAUGAUGCGAUUAGGGCAGAGAGGAUCCUCCUCCUUGUCCGCUCACUCGACGAGCCGGCGAAGAAGGCAUUUUUCGCCAUGCAGUCUAGACGGCCUCAGUUCGCCAAGAUUCUGGAAACCUACCUCGACCAGUGUGAAAGGUACAAUGGCGGUGUUAUGGAAAGCAACGCCGAAAAAAUCACUAGCAACUUGAACAAAACGGCCGAUUACAUCGCACAGUUCCUACCAGAACACGUUAAGAGCAAGACCGACUUGAUCAAGUUUGCUAAGAUCCACGAUCGCCGGAACUAUAACCUCAUCAAAUAUGUCAUUGGCCAGGAGAAUGACUUUAAGACGGUUUAUAAGGCCUUGAAAGAGCUCAUCAAGCGCUGUAUGGCCAGCAAGGACCCUUCAGUUAUUGACACUCUGCUUCCUCUCCUCUAUCGUUCUGGUUGCCUUUUGUUCAACCGCAGUCACCUAUCUACGAUCAUGGAGUACUCCAAAUCCGACAAGGACGGCUUGGGAGCGAUUGCGCACGAGAUCUUGAACGAGAUCUCUCAACGCAACCCAGACCUCUUCAAAACUCACAUCGGGCAGCUUUGCAAGGAUCUAGUUGACCAGGCUCCUACUGCCACAAAGCCGAACGAUCCCAUAGUAGCGGAAACGCUCAAGGCUUGCUCCACGUAUGCCCGGAAGUUCCCUAAGGAUGUCGCCAUGGAUCGGAAAUUUGUGCAGACCAUGAUUAACUACGCUCUUUAUGGCCAACCCGUCAAGGCGUCGAAGCAUGCCGUCAACAUUGUUCUUUGUAAGAAAGAUGACAAGAGCAUGGUCACCGCCACUGAUCUUCUCCAGAGAAUAUUGAAGGAUUGGUCGUACGGGUCGAGUAACUUCCUUAACAAGCUUACCGCUGUCAGCCAGUUGGAACUUCUUGCACCCAAGGUUACUGAGGAGGCGAAUGAUGAGAUCCUCAAUAUGACCUUCAAGCAGAUCCUUCUCCAGGUGCGGACUGACGCCAAAGACAGCGAUCCCGAUUGGGUCAAUGACGCCGAUAUGGAUGAGGAGAUCCAAGCCAAGUGCCUCUCCCUAAAAACACUAGUCAAUAGGGUGAGGAGUAUCGAGGAUAUCGAAGACGCAAAGGAGAAGGCCAGUAAUGUCUGGAAGGUGCUCAGGAAGAUCAUCAAGGAGAAGGGCGAGAUUGUCGAGGAGAAGGAGACGCCCAAGCAUCACAAGACAAGGCUAAGGCUCUUGGCUGCCCAGUUGAUGCUCAAGCUCUGCACGCAAAAGCAUUUCGACGACAUGCUCACGCCUUCAGAUUUCAACCUUUUGGCCCUGACCACCCAAGACAUGGUCGAGGAGGUGCGUCACGGGUUUGUGCGGAAGCUCCAAAAGUAUCUCGCCGAUGGCAAGCUGCGGUCGCGCUACUAUACCAUCAUCUUCCUCACUGCCUUCGAACCCAACGUCGAGUUCAAGAACAGGGCGGAAACAUGGAUCCGUUCCAGAGCGCGCCACUUCCAGAACCUCAAGCAGCCUGUCCUCGAGGCGAUCAUGGCCCGCCUAAUCUCGCUUCUGGCCCACCACCCCGACUACAGCAACGAGGUAGACUACCUCGUCGACCACGCACGGUACAUUCUCAACUACAUCGUGCUGGUAGGCACCGAGUCCAAUUUGGGCUUGAUAUACAAGUACGCGGAGCGUGUGAAGCAGACGCAAGAUGGACUUAAUCCAAACAGCGAUGCGCACAGGGUCCUGAGUGACUUGGCGCAAGCUGUUAUCAGGAAGUGGCAGGAGAAGAAGGUUUGGGCCUUUAAUGCGUUCCCCGGGAAGGUCGGCCUUCCCCUCGGUCUGUACACGGCCCUCCAGUCCCAUAGCGAAGCGCAGGCGAUUGCAGAGAAGUCCUACCUCCCCGAGGGCUUGGACGAGAAACUGGACGAGCUCCUUAGGGCUAUGGACCGCAAGAAGAAACGCAAGUCCAUGUCCGCCGCAACCGGCACCAACAACCGCGACGGGCACAAGUCCAAGAAAGUCAAGUCAUCUUCCACCGGUGACCGCGACGGCGACCGCGAAGCCAAGUCCACGCGCAAGAUCGCCACAGCCAAGUCCAAGAAGACCCCGGCGAAGAAGAGGUCCGACCGCGACGACUGGUCCCCUGGCCCGGCCGUUCCCGAAUCCGAGCGCCGACAGAGCUCUCGUCGCGCCAACAAGAACACUCGCGCCUACACCGAGCGCGACUCGGAGGAUGACGACGAGGAGAUGUUGGAGGGCGUGGCCGAGUGGGAGUACCUCGAUGAAGACGAGGAUGAUGACAAGGAGGAAGGUGAUGACGAGGAGGGAAGUGGGGAGGAGGCGCCACCCAAGCGGGCUGCUGCCAAGGCGAGCGCGUCAGCAAGGAGUAGCAAAAGAAAGGAGAAGGAAAGCGAAGAAGACGAAAAUGACGAGGAGGAGCCCGAAAAGGAACAGGAGGAAGAGCCCGAACAUGAAGAAGAAGAGCUCCCCGCCGCUGCUACCAAAAAGGCCAGCGCGGCCGCCAAGGGCAAGAAAGCUGCUGCCUCUCUGCCGGUUAGAAACGCUACGAGAAAGAGCGGACGCGGCAAGACCGCAGCAGCACUAGCCAAAGACAAGGACGAAAGCGAUCUAAGCGAGCUCAGCGAUGUCGAGAUGGCUGAUGAGCCUGAAGCCGAAGCGGAAGCGGAAGCUGAAGAGCCAGCGGCGGAGGACGAAGAGGAUGAACAGGAGGAAGAAGAAGAAACGGCGCCACCAGCUCGCGCGGCUGCUAAUGGUCGGAAGGCAAAAACUUCUGCCCCAGCUCCAAGCAAGGCGAAGGCUGCUGCUGCUGCUGCUCCGAAGGGGAAGGCGAAGGCUGCUGCUGCACCGGCUCGGGCUACGAGAAGCAGUAGGAGCACGAGGGGGAAGCAGCAGCCGGAGGAGGAAGUGGAGGAUGAGGAUGUUAUGGAUGAGGAAUGAGGGGUGAGGUGGUGAAAGGGAUUUGAGAGGUUCGAGGAACGAAGGGUAAUUCCAGCUGACAAGGACAAUAAUGGUCGAUAAUCUUAGAGUAUUCAGUAUUGAUACGCAGAAUGAUUUCCACUUGGUAGUAGCGUACUUCUUACUUAAAAUGAU